UUGGUCGCUGUGCUCUGGCCUUUAGUCUAGCACUCUCUUCGAGUCAGACCGUAACAGUUUUAGUCCAUAAUGUUCAUUUGUUUUCACUUCGUAACUAAAGGCUCUUUUGCCUCCAAAUGCACCCAAAACAGAUCUAUCCUGGCGUUCGUCUCCGGAACCACCUGCAUCAUGUGCAUCUACACGGACUUAUUUAAAGGUAGACCGGGAGACAGCGGGCGAAUUGCAUAUGAAGUAUGAAUGAAUGUAAACACGGAGUAAAACGCUCCUGUCGUGCGAAAUGAAGCUCGUCUUAUUAGUAGGACAGUUUUUCAAAUUGAUAGUUUAAUCACUCGAUUUUAGUGGUCAUCUUUUAUGAAAGCUUGAAUGCGUUGAUAGCAGCAGCUGCCUGUCUGAGUAGCUGUGCCUUGGAUGAGUUAAGUUAGCUGAAUGUAGCCAUUUUUAAGGCAGGCUGGACUUUUUCUGCCUCUAUGAGAAUUUGUGUUGGCAGUUCAGUGCGCACGAUAUAACGCCAUCGUUCACGUAUCUAUAGAAUUUGAUUAGUGCUAGUGAUACUUGGGCUUUACGUUUAAAGCCUUUGAUGCGGGUAGAGUGGAGCAAUACACCCAGAGAUCGGUGUGCUAGUUUAUCUUAAAGAGGCUUAUACGUGUAAUUUCACAGUGUAUUUAGUAGGUUAAUGUAAUGCAGCCCAGUUAAAUGUAGCUCAUAUGAGAAAUCUGUACCAGGCUAUGCCACCAACUAAUGUCUAAGUUCUAAAAAAUAUCAAGCCUACAUUAAAAUGUCUGCAUUUUGUGCAAAGAGCAUUUUACAAAGCCUGAGGUGCACCGUUCACAGAGUUUCUGUGUCAGUUCGGAUUGCUCCUCCGAGAACUUUCUUCGCCAAAAGGUUUCCAGUUCUUUCUUAUACCCCCAAAGUGGCACUGCUGUGUUGGGGUGUGGGCAGUGUCACAUAUGCUUCAGCACAAGAAGCAGUACUUCCACGGAGGACUACAGAGAAGAAAUCUGUUGUCAGAGUGCAGGUUCACAGGCUCAUAUUCAUCUUGCGACUAAGCAUCCGUGCCUUGAUACUCUUGUUCAAAUUCAGCCCCCUCUUGCUGCUCUACCCCCUGACUCUGCUGUCACAGCGCUGUUCCUGCUGUUGGCUUGAUGCCCUGCUGUGGGUCACAGAGUCCUCAGGUCCAACAUUCAUCAAGCUUGGUCAGUGGGCCAGCACACGACGGGACAUCUUUUCUCAGGAGUUCUGUGACCGCUUUGCCCGGCUCCAUGUGAGAGUGCAACCCCACUCCUGGGCACACACUAAGCAAUGUCUGAAGCGGGCCUUUGGUGAGGGCUGGAGGCAGCUGUUUGUGUUUGACAGUAAGGAGCCUGUGGGCUCAGGCUGUGUGGCACAGGUAUAUCGGGCUAAGGCUCGAGUCACAAGUGUGGAGGACCCGGCCUUCCAGGAGCUGUUGGAAGGCCUCGAGAAAGAGGACCUGCUGGAAGCUUGGGAGAUCCCAGGGCUCGAGGGAGCUUGGGAUCAUUUGUGGGGGCCAGAAAAGGAGUCAUUAGAGAGACAGGAGAGCACUGCUGAAUUUCCUCACACUCUAAGAAAGUACACAGACGAGGAGUGUCUCAUGCCUGUGGCAAUUAAGGUGCUUCAUCCUGGCAUCAGGAGACAGGUUCAAAUAGACCUGAUUUUAAUGAAGGCGGGGAGCGUGCUCAUCAGCUGCUUUCCUGGUCUCAAGUGGCUGAGCCUGCCUGAAGUGGUGGAUGAAUUUGAGAAGCUCAUGACCAAACAGAUAGACCUUCGGUUCGAGGCAAGGAACAUAGAACGGUUCAAGAAUAACUUUAAGGACUUGGAAUAUGUCAGGUUUCCAACACCACUCAGACCGUUUGUCACAAGGGCUGUCCUAGUGGAGACAUAUGAGGAAAGUGAACCCAUUUCCAACUACCUGAAGUCUGAGGUGCCUGUGGCCACGAAGCAGAGAAUUGCCCGGAUGGGAGUGGACACACUAUUGAAAAUGGUGUUUGUGGAUAACUUUGUCCAUGGAGACCUUCAUCCAGGUAACAUCCUGGUUCAGAGUGGUGAAGGGGCUGGGCCCCAGGACAGGGCCACACUAACAGACCUGUGGGACACAGUGGUGGUCAGCAUGAGGCCGUCCCCUCCUCCUCUACGUCUGGUACUACUGGAUGCUGGGAUUGUGGCCCAACUCAGUGAGACAGAUCUGCGCAACCUCAGAGCUGUCUUCACUGCUGUUGUCCUAAAACAGGGGGAGCGUGUGGCAGAGCUGAUUCUGAACCAUGCCAGGGCCAGUGAGUGCAAGGAUGUACCACGCUUCAAAAAGGAAAUGGCUGAGCUUGUGAACCACGCACUCAGUGACACUCUGUCUCUGGGGAAGGUUCAGGUGGCAGAACUGCUGUCUCGUGUCUUUGGAUUGCUCAUUCGCCAUAAGGUGAAGCUGGAGAGUAAUUUUGCCUCCGUUGUGUUUGCCAUCAUGGUAUUGGAAGGCUUGGGCAGGUCACUGGACCCUAACCUGGACCUGCUGGAGAUUGCUAAGCCUCUGCUUCUGAAGAACUGUGCUUCUCUUCUCUCCUGAGUGAAGUGGGGCCCCUUUUGUACAAUGAGUUGUUUUAUGUCCAAUGUGUAAAAUCCAAUUAGCUUUGACAAAUGAAGAAGCCAUGACUGAUUAGUGAAAAAUGGAUUACUAAUAGACUUUUGAAUAAUUGAGGAUUUAGGAGUGUUAUUCCAUUAAAAGAAUUGAGGGUGCAAUUUUACAUUGGAGUUUUGGAUCGGCUAUGGGUCCCUCCUUUGCCUCUUCAUUGCAACUGAUGACCUCAUCCUCCUGGCUAGAGAAGAAAUACUACAAACAUGAUUUGAGUUACAUAUCGUACACGUGCACAGUGUGCUGUGGAUAAAGAUAUGAUAAUCAGCUUAUAUCGGCAAAUCUUUGUACAAUCUUUGUACAAUAUUACUUGAAUGCAUCAACUGUAUCUGAUAGGUGUGCAGAUUGUCAGAGUUGCAGCUUUGUUUACUGAUUCCGUAUAGUGCUGAAGAGAAAACCUGAUCUACAGAAACAUGACAUUGGUGUGUUGUGUUCAGGAAAUGUGAAAAAUCAUGAUUUUAGUCUAUACUUUAUGCAUGUUGCCCUAACAAUGCAAGGAAAUAUAGAGGUCCAUACAUUCUUAGAAACACUACUUUGUACACUGAUGUUUAUCCUAAUGAAAGUAUACAUUUAGUCAUACUCUAUAAAUUGUGGUAUGAGUGGGAUUUAUGUUGGUGUGGAUCUUAUUUCCUGACACCCUUUUUCAUUGUAGACAACCUCAGGAUUACGUUUAAGCAAAACUGUCUGUCAGAUCUUGUAAUGACGUAUAGGCCUGAUUUUCUCCUAAUUAUUUUUGCCAUCACCAUGUUUUGCCACUAAGCUCAUAGAAUAAAAUACAAAUAAAUCCUA